CUUUCACAUCGUCCCUUCUCUAUUUCACUGAGGCCACUCAUCGAGCACUUUGAGUGCGGCGCUAUGGCCCAAGACCUCUUCCUUCCCUCCUCCCAUUUCCUCCGCCGCCACCUCUUUCUCGUUUCCGGCGAGGAACCCUGCGACCGCCACCCGCGGCAGGAGGACGAGCAUCGCUUGGCGGUGCUCACGCGGAGCAUGGCUCGCCACCUCCUCCUGGACGACGCCGAGGUCGACCAGGAGAUGCCGGAGAAGGCCGAGGGUUACCUUGAACGCGGGAUUCUCGGUUCGACGAAGGAGGCUUCUUCGGCGUUACACGAUCUCAAAUGUGUUUUCGAUCCGGCUUCGGCACGCCAGCAACUGCAAGCGGCUAAUUUUCAGCACCUGAAGCGACUCCAAUCGAUGAAUCAGAACUCCAAUUCGAGGCAGAGCAAAAACAGAGGUUGCGGACGUGGAAAUGGCUGCCCCUUAGAUCUGCCGCCUUCCGCGUGGCCGCCUCUGCUAAAGCCACCUCCGCCACUGCCGCAUCACCGGCGGGCGAUGCUCCUCGGCACCUCCGGCGGCCGCAAGGAGUCCAUUGGCACCGGCGUUUUCCUCCCCCGAGUCGUCGCCGCCAAAUUCGUGCCAAGGAAGAAGUCCAGUGAGUUCGCCGCCACCCUUCUAGUUACCAUUCACCUUAAACAUUCUCGCUGCCUCUUGAAACUCACAGCUUCUUCCACGGAUGUAGUUCAUUACAAAAAGCGUCAAGCUUCAACUCUGAAUCUGAGCUUAAACUCAGACGACGCAGCAGCAGCAGCAGAUGCGCCAGUUGCAGCGGCGCAGGAGACUGAACUUCCCCAAGAGUGGACGUACUGACUUCGUCUCUCUUCAAACAAUAGAAGUUCAAGCAGUGCAGCUGUUCUAAAUUUUGCGGAAAGAAAAGAUAUUAUUUGUUUA